CCUCGCAAUCAGGGGCACUAGACUUUGACAUAUUGCUUUCUCUCGUCGGGUAUCUCCUCCUUCAUCUUCCUCCUCCGUCGCGUUAGGGUUUGCAAUUGCAGACUCACACCUUCCCUUUCUUCUUCCGCGCUUCGCCUACAGACUCCAAUUCUCUCUCCAUCUUCCGAUUCCGUUCGCGAAACCCCUCCGUGUUCCGUCAAUUGGUAUAUUGGAAUCUCACUUGGGCCCUAAUUGAUGUGUUCACACUGUUAACGGCUGGGUCCAAUUCCAAGAUGAACAAUUCACAAUCUGAAAAUCAUGAUGAAGUAACGGUCGUGGGAUUUGAAGUUCCCAAGUCUCCUGAUUCCAGUUACAGUAAUGUCUAUACUGGAAAUGGAGAUGAUGCACGGGAUCCACCUAUUGCCCCUCCACAUUUGCAACACCCUUUACUCAGUUAUCCCUCUAGUAGAGGAGACACCUCAGGAACUCUUCCAUUGCCUCCAAAUGUUAUUCUAAAUCAUCUUUUUAUUGAGGAUGGGGAGUCCCCAAGAUCUGUGGUGGCAGUAGGAUUCACCCAUCGCUUCCGUUCAAAAUUUGUUACAGUCGUGCUCUACAAACCAGUCCAAAGAAGGGGAAGUCCAAGCAUUUGAUCUGCAUAUUUAAAACCUUAGCGUUGUUGGUUUGUAAUGAUUUAUUGUAGACCUCAUAUUCGAAUUGCAGGAAAUGAUAUUUUAAUGAACUGUAGACUGUUUCUCAGUAAAUAUUUUAAUGAACCUUAGAUUGAUUCUCGCUAA